GAAAAACUUAGCUUGUGGAUCGAUUUUUUUAAAAGCAAAAACAUUGAGAAGCACCUCUAAAAUUAAUUGCUCUAGUCGUUUUAAUAAAUUGCUUUAUUUGAGAGAUAUUUUUGUUUUUAAAAAUCAUGGCUAAAGAGUUGAGCAAAGACUAUGCAAACUAUUUCAUCAACAGCGAUAUUUCAAAUGAGAUAACUCCAAUUUUGUCGACGACUGAAAAUAUUCAAACUAGAAUUAAUGAAAUUGAGAAUGUAUUUCUCCCGACCAUUCGACAUGAUUCUGAAAUAACACAACAAAAUCUUUCUCAAUUACUGGAAUUUAAGCCUGAAUUUGAAAAGAUUUGUGACCAAAUAGAUAAUCUUGAGAGUAUGGUUGAAAGAAUCAAAUCUGAUUUGUGUAUGAUUCAGAAGCAAGUGGACAUAGCAGAUGAGGAACUAGAUAUUCCUGAAAAGAAAAUUGAUAUAAUUUUGAAAUCUAUCAAUAUAUUUGCCAAACCUAGGGACUUGAAUGAAACUAACUGGAAUCAAGAUGGAUUUUAUCAGGCACCGACAAUUUUUAAGGCGAAUGAAUUCUUUAGGAAGCAAGACUGAAAAAAAAAAAAACAAAAAAGAUUGGACAAAUGUUUAUUUUAUUACUAUACGUCAAACA